AUGGGCAACAGCAUGCAGUCAGGGGGUCUGGACCCCAUGGCGCGACAAGGAAAUAUCACAGGCAUCGGCAACAACCAGCAGCAUGUCGCGAACAACAACAACAACAACAACUCGGGAGGAGGAUGGCAGGGCAUGCAGACUCAUCAGCAUCACCCCAACAACCAGAUGCACUCGGGGAUGGAUAUGAUGCACUCCAACGACUCCAUGCAGUACAGCGCGCAGCAGGCGGCGGCCUGCGGCUCGUUCCAGGGGAUUCUGUCUCCUCUCUCCUCUGUCAACGGGACGAUGGGGUCACUCUCGAGCGUCAACGGAACCUUCAACAGCAUCUUUGGCAGUCAGAGUGACACGCUGGGUCGCAACCAGAACGCCAUGGCCCCCGACAGCGGCCAGCAGUCGCAGUUCAACCAGGUCUGCAACGUGUGA